AUGUCCGACGAAGACGUGAAAGACAAAUUGCGACGCUUAAGCAUCACCAGCGGCCAGCCGGGUUCCGGCACGCCGCGGACACCACCGAAUUGCGCACGCUGUCGCAAUCACCGAUUAAAGAUCGCUCUUAAAGGUCACAAACGCUAUUGCCGUUAUUUGUAUUGCAAAUGUGAGAAAUGUCGCUUGACAGCCGACAGGCAACGUGUUAUGGCAAAGCAAACGGCGCUUCGGAGGGCCCAGGCUCAGGACGAAGCACGUGGUCUGAACGGUCUACAGACCGGUGCUCCGGUGAUGUACAGAAUACCUAUAGUACAGGAAACAAUGACACCCGCCACACCGUCUCCGCGUUCUUCGGAGGAAGCCCUCCACGCGAUGAACAGUGUUACUACAGUGUCUACACCGCCUAGAUCUUUGGAUGGUAGCUGCGGCCCUUCUCCAUUAGCCUCCCCGAGGUCCAUAAGUGGUGGCUUGCCGGUUAUAGGUCCUGCAGGGCCUGAUAUCAAAAGGAUUUCGCCACAGACCAGUCCUCAUAUCGUCACAGCCGCUUCCAGAGACUCUAUAGACUUCAAUUCCUCAACUGUAGCACCUGCUGCUCAAUGGAAAUUAACUGGAUAUAUUUAUGCUAUUAAGAAGCAAAUCCAAUUACAAAAAAUUUAA